GUCUCUACACGCAGAAUCCAUAGUCGCAACACUAAAAACCUUCACAAAACCUUUCGGCGAGCUAGAGUAUAUUGUUACAUAAGAUUUGUUUGAUCUCGUAUAGGUAUUAUUGUUUGAUCGAGAAUGGCGGAGGAGCAACACAACACGAGUAGCCAUGAGUACCAGACCGCUCCUGUGGUGGAUCAUGGUCGGCAAGAGGAUGCUGUGGAGAGCAAGGACCGAGGGCUGUUUGAUUUCUUGGGGAAGAAAGAGGAGGAGAAGCCCCAGGAGGAGGUGAUCGGUACUAAGUUUGAAGAGAAAGUUUCAGUGUCUGCAGUACCUGAGCCAAAGUUAGAGAAAGAAGAAUACAAGGAGGAGAAAAAAGGCGACGUUUCGGAGAAGCUCCACCGAUCUAACAGCAGUUCUAGCUCUUCUAGCGGUGAGGAGGAAGGCGAAGGAGAAGAAAAGAAGAAGAAGAAGAAGGAAAAGAAGGGGUUGACGGAUAAGAUCAAGGAUACGUUUACAGGAGAUAAAAAAGAAGAGAAGCACGAAGACACUUCGGUCCCGAUUGAGAGGUAUGAAGAAGUACCAGCAGCAGCGCCUGAUCAUCAUUUGGCAGAGCCAGUCCAACCUGAGGAAAAGAAAGGUUUCGUCGAUAAAAUUAAAGAAAAAAUUCCUAGCCAGCGGAAGAAGACCGAAGAGGUCCAUCCUCCUCCUCCUCCUGCUUCUCAGGCAGAGUACUACGCUGAUGCCGCUGAGCAGCCUAAUCCUGAAGGCGAGGGGAAGGAGAAGAAGGGCCUUUUGGAGAAGAUCAAGGAGAAGCUGCCUGGACACCACCCCAAGACUGAGGAAGUAAAGGAAAAACAACCUGCUUAGUGCUUCCCAUUAAGAGAACUGGACGGAGUUGUCUGCCAUUAAAAUAGUCAUGAUAUUGUGUGUGCGGUUUGUUUGUUUUGUUGAUUUGCGAUGUGGGAUUGUUUCUUUUGCUUUCUGUUUUUGUUUUUUUAAUUAUAUAAAAUUUGUGUCUAAAAUACUUUAGUACAAGUGCUUUCUAUGUA